GGCCGGCCGCGGGGCGCGGGGCGUGAGGUGACAGGUGCGGGGGGACGGCGGCGGCCUGAGCAGCGGAGACGCGGCGGCGAUGCUGGAGACCCUGCGCGAGCGGCUGUUGAGCGUGCAGCAGGAUUUCACCUCCGGGCUGAAGACUUUAAGUGACAAGUCAAGAGAAGCUAAAGUAAAAAACAAACCCAGGACUGUUCCAUGUUUGCCAAAGUACUCUGCUGGACUAGAAUUACUUAGCAGGUAUGAAGAUACAUGGGCUGCACUCCACAGAAGGGCCAAGGAAUGUGCAAGUGCUGGAGAGCGGGUGGAUGGCGAGGUGGUCAUGCUCUCCGCGCACUGGGAGAAGAAGCAGGCGAGCCUCCGGGACCUGCAGCAGCAGCUUCAGCAGCUUCCAGGCCUCAUCGCAGACUUAGAAUCCCUGACGGCAAGUCUGACUCAUUUAGAAGCUAGUUUUGAGGAGGUAGAAAACCACCUGCUGAAUCUGGAGGAUUUAUGUGGACAGUGUGAAUUAGAGAGAUACAAACAUAUGCAGUCCCAACAACUGGAAAAUUACAAGAAAAAUAAGAGGAAGGAACUUGAAACCUUCAAAGCUGAACUCGAUGCGGAGCACUCCCAGAAGGUCCUGGAGAUGGAGCAGACCCAGCAGCUGAAGCUGAAGGAGCGGCAGAAGUUUUUUGAGGAAGCCUUCCAGCAGGACAUGGAGCAGUACCUCUCCACAGGCUACCUGCAGAUAGCGGAGAGGCGAGAGCCCAUGGGCAGCAUGUCGUCCAUGGAGGUGAACGUGGACAUGCUGGAGCAGAUGGACCUGAUGGACAUCUCCGACCAGGAGGCCCUGGACGUCUUCCUGAACUCUGGUGGCGAGGAGAACACCCUGCUGUCCCCCGUCUCAGGGCCUGAGGCAAGUCCCAGUCAGGAUGCAGUCACUCUCCAGGUGCCCACACCCUCCCAGCCCCCAGCCACACCACCUUCCUCAUCCUCACCUGGUACUGACCCGGCCUCCCGGGACCCCAGCGAAGGCGGGGAGUCGCCCGUGGUCCAGUCUGACGAGGAGGGCGUGGAGGUGGACACCGCCCUUGCCACCUUGCACACGGACGACAGUGACUCCUAACCCGGCGCCCGCGUGCUGCCCGCCUCUGAAGGACAACACAGCCCUGCGCCGAGGCCCGCGGUGAAGGCAGGUGGGCUGCGGGGGGCUCCUGGUUUUUUACACAAUUGACAAUGAUGUGUGAGGCAAGUGGCUGCAAGAACAGCUAACAAUAAAGUCUGAGAACUUUAAACGUA